GACGGACGAACGAACGCCAGUCUACCGUGGGCGCACGUCGCGACACCACGUGUAUUUCUCUGCUCGUGUAUCUCUCCGUUCUAGUCCGCUUAUUAUCGCCCUUUAUUCUUUUUCCUAAUCGACUCGAUGACUUCUAUAUUUCUCAACGACCUCAAUUCACAGUGAUCGUGCGAUAUUUUUUUCACGAAUUAACUUUCUCCCGUUCUAUCAUAGUGUUCGCGAAGGGAGAAUUAUCGAGUUAAUAAAACUUUGUGAGUUGUUUCAGUAGUGGUGUUACUUAAGAGAGACGGUGACGUUGUAAUUCUGUUCUCAGCACAAACACGAGGAAUCGAUCCAUGUUCCACGAUCGCGCGAGUUCGAGUGUUCAAGAAGAAAUUGGCGUGAUCUCGAGAGAAGCAACGUCGUCCCAUCGGAUAUCGAGCGCCAUUAUUAGCUACGAAUGACGAUCGCACGGCUGAAAGAUUAAUGAAGAUGCUUCGAUGAAGCGAUCGAAAUUCUUCGUUUCCGUACGAGUCGUGGGACGUCGACGAACUUCCGUAAAGAAGUGAAAUUUAUUACGAGAGGACGAGGAACUAGAAGUAACGCGAAUAUUGAUUUUUCUACGCGACGGACGGUGCACGACCUACCAUUACCUCGUAUCAAGUGCAACCCCUAACAAAAGGCGGGCGGAUCGAGGAACAAUGAACGAAUCGGAACGAGAAGGGACCGAAGCGGCUCGAUAAUAAUAAUAUGUGGACGACGAGGCCGCGUACGAAACGAAAGCGCUGGGAUUCGCCAGCGACUAAAACGAGUACGUCGAUCGGCAAAGAAUCGUCCGAGAAACAACAACAACAACAACGAAGUGAUCGUCGAAGAGACGGUUUCCGAAUCCUUUAUUCGGUGGUCCUGGCGGCCUGCAUGGCGACCCAGGAAGCGAGAAGCGCCAGGUGUCCACCGCCGGAAACAAUACCGAGAUGUCCGUGUUAUAAUUUCGAAGACGGCCUCUUCCUCGAGUGUGCUGGUGCCACCGAAGAGUCCCUUAGGAAUGCCUUGUCCAGUGUCAUACAAGCUGCUGGACCAGAAGGAAUGUUCGUCCAAUCGUUAAAUGUCUACGAGCUGGAUCGGAAGGUGGAGGAACUCCGACCCCAAGCUUUUCCAUCGGGCUCGCAAAUCAGACACUUACAAAUCUCACACUCGGCGAUUCGUGAAAUCAGCGAGGAGGCUUUCGUACGAUUAGACAAGAGCUUGGAAUCGUUGGCUCUCGUGUCCGGUCGACUGCCGCGAGUACCUCAGAAAGCAAUGUCCACGUUGAAACGCUUGAAAGUCCUCGACCUCGAAGCUAAUCUUAUUCAUGAACUACCGAGUUUCAGCUUUUACAACUUACCAUUGAUAAAACUGAAUUUAAAGGGAAAUCAAAUAGUCAAAAUCUCUGAGUACGCGUUCGCCGGCUUGGAGUAUACGUUGAAAGAUCUUGAUAUGGCAGAAAACAAGAUCAGGAUGUUUCCUAUGACAUCACUUAGAAGGUUGGAACACUUAACAUCAUUGAAACUCGCGUGGAACGAGGUCGCGCAGUUGCCCGAAGACGGAUACUCGCGACUUGACGCAUUAAAUUUUCUCGACCUCAGCAGCAACAAUUUCAAGAACAUACCUCUGAACUGUUUCCGUUGUUGUCCUUCUUUAAGGACUCUUUCGCUCUACUACAACGCCGUUGAGUCGGUCGACAAAGACGCCUUUAUAUCCUUGAUAGAUCUCGAAUCUAUCGAUCUUAGUCACAACAAGAUCGUAUUCUUAGAAGUUGCUACAUUUCGUGCCAAUCAGAAGCUCAGGUCCAUUGACCUCAGCCAUAAUCACAUACACUAUAUACGCGGUGUAUUCUCAAGAUUGCCAGAAUUAAAAGAACUCUUUCUAGCGGAAAAUAAUAUAUUGGAGAUACCAGCGGAAACAUUCGCCGGUAGUACGAGUCUCUCGGUCGUGUAUCUUCAACAGAACGCUAUCAGAAGGAUCGACGCUAGAGGCUUGGUAACCCUCGGUCAGUUGGCCCAACUUCAUCUAAGCGGUAAUUACAUCGAGAAAGUACCGAGGGACUUUCUCGAGCAUUGCGAGAAUCUAUCGACUCUCUCUCUGGACGGUAACAACAUACGGGAAUUAGAAGUAGGAACGUUCGCGAAGGCGAAGCAAUUGAGAGAACUUCGGCUGCAAGACAAUCAAAUUACGGAAGUUAAGAGAGGAGUCUUUGCUCCUCUACCGUCCCUUCUAGAGCUUCAUCUUCAAAAUAACGCGAUAACAGACAUGGAGACCGGUGCUUUACGAUCUUUACACAGCCUUCAGCACGUUAAUCUCCAAGGAAAUUUAUUAGCAGUCCUGGGAGACGUAUUUCAAGUGUCGAACGAAAUCGGACAAAACGGAAAUACCGGUAGUUCUUUGGUAUCCAUACAACUGGACAACAACGGACUCGGUGUAUUGCAUAAUGAUUCUUUAAGAGGCCAAGCCUCUGUCAGAAUCAUGUGGUUGGGACACAAUAGAUUGACGCGCCUCCAGGCUCCACUCUUCAGAGAUCUUCUUUUGGUCGAACGACUUUAUCUCACAAACAACUCGAUUUCACGAAUAGAAGACACCGCCUUUCAGCCAAUGCAAGCUUUAAAAUUCCUCGAGCUUAGCAUGAAUCGAUUGAGUCACGUCACCGUGAGAACUUUUUCCGAAUUGCACGAACUCGAAGAACUCUAUUUGCAGGACAACGGUCUUCGACGAUUGGAUCCCUACGCGUUGACAGCUUUAAAACGACUGCGUAUACUGGAUCUUGCUAACAAUAAUCUGAACGUAUUGCACGAUAAGAUUUUCCAGGAAGGUCUACCCAUUAGAACUUUGAAUCUGAAGAAUUGUACGGUUAGUUUAAUCGAGAACGGUGCCUUCAGAGGAUUAAAUAAUCUUUUCGAACUUAAUCUCGAACAUAAUCACCUCACUGCCACGGCUCUAGACAGACUGGACAUACCGGGAUUGAGAAUCCUCAGGAUAUCCUACAAUAAUUUUAGUCAAAUCAAUGGAAACUCGUUGGACGGUUUACCGUCCCUUCAACAUCUUGCCAUGGACUCUGCGCAAAUCCAUCGAAUGCCGGCCGAAUUAUUUUCGAAAAAUAAAAAUUUGGCCAAGUUGUUACUAAGUAACAAUUUCCUUAAAAUUUUAUCGCCGGUCCUCUUCCUUGAAUUGGAUUCGCUGAAGGAGGUCAAACUAGACGGAAAUAGAUUCAUAGAGAUUCCGUACGAAGUUCUCGCAAACGCCAGUACCAUCGAGUUUCUCUCGCUUGCAAACAAUGAGAUAGACCACGUGGACAUGUCGCGUUUAAACGGAUUGACCAGUUUACGGGAACUCGAUCUACGUAGUAAUUACAUCACGACCCUCUCUGGUUUCGCGGCAGUAAACUUGUCCCGUUUGAUAUCCGUAGAUCUUAGUCACAAUCAUUUGACCGCCCUUCCGGCUAACUUCUUCGCUCGAUCGAAUCUCUUACGUAAAGUUGAAUUAGCCGCGAACAAGUUUCGACAGAUACCAGCGGUCGCACUCUCUGCUCAAAAUAUACCGAAUCUUGCCUGGCUCAACGUCACUGCCAAUCCUCUCGUCAGAAUACACGAAAUAAGUUCCGAGGCAAGAUACCCGGCCCUUCAAGAGAUCCACAUUUCUGGGACGAAUCUUACCAUUGUUACCAGCCAAGAUUUCGAGGCCUUUCCCGCUCUGAUGCAUCUCUUCAUGGGCAGUAACAUGAUCUCUAGAGUGUCGCCAAGCGCUUUUCGCAGUCUACCAAAUCUCCUCACUUUGGAUCUCAGUAUCAACGAACUGGAACUCCUACCUCAGGAGAGAUUGAAGGGCUUAGAACAUCUGAGACUACUCAAUCUGACGCACAACCGUUUAAAGGAUCUCGAAGAUUUCCCACCGGAUUUAAAGGCACUACAAAUACUCGACCUCUCCUACAAUCAGAUCAGCAACGUAGGAAAGAGCACGUUCCAACAUCUGGAGAAUCUCGCGGAACUACAUCUUUACGGUAACUGGAUAUCCUCGAUAUCGCCGGACGCGUUCAAACGUUUAAAGAAACUACGGAUCUUGGAUCUCAGCAGAAAUUCCUUAGCCAAUUUACCACUAAACGCCUUUCGUCCACUGGAAACACAGAUACGGAGCUUAAGGGCUGAAGAAAAUCCUCUACACUGCGACUGCGAAUCCCAGGAGCUUUGGGAAUGGUUACGGGACCAUCAAAAGCUGGUAGGAGGUGGCGUGAGUCGGAAUCGUGGCGGUGGUGGUAUGCGAAUGAACGACGUGGAAAGCGGAUUGCUAAAGUGCGAACAACCGCCAGAAUUGCGUGGCCUGGUUUUCCUCGACCUCGAUCCGCAUGCUUUCUGCUCCGCGCCAUUGGUCCUAAAACUCGCGAUCCAGGAUAUACAGCCGUUCUCAGUAUUGGUGUCCUGGCAGAGUAGAAAUCACUCCGGGCUACGAGGAUACCAGGUUGCUUAUCAUGCUCUGGACAACGUCGACGAGGUCCGCGCAAGAUUUCUGGAGCCGAAUGCCCGUUCAAUAAAACUCUCCAAAUUGAUGUCCAACACUCGCUAUCUGAUCUGCGUGUUUGGGCUAGGCAACUGGUUGACGAAUCUCAACGAGGAGAUGAUCGUGAGCCAUUUGAAUAUUUCGAAGGACGAGCUGAUCGAAUCAACGCCAGUAACGCAAAUGGCGGAUUCACCUACGAGCCGUUGCACCGAAGUAAAGACUUUGGAGACACCGAACGCAGUGAUAAGCAGCGAUGGUUCUUCGAUGGGAGACAUGGGUGGUGUCAGCAGUUUUCUCACGAGAAGACUCGGUCUCAUAGUAGGCUGCUGUAUGGGAUUCGUCGUCUUUCUCCUGCUCGUCUCGAUCUUGGGCUACCUCAAGGUCAAAAAGCAACGAGAGGCCGUGAAAAGAGAUCAACAGCCGAUACCACCCGAAUAUAUAUCUUACAGACACUUCAGCAUACAAAGUGGCGAGGCCGGCCAUGCAGCCAGGCAGGCCAGUCAAGAAGGGCAGCAUCCGAGUUUCAUCAGCAAUGUCGGCAACACUACGUUGAACGUAUGAGAAAAGCGAAGGAACUCCCGACUCGUGGAAGUUUCGAACGUCUGAGAGGAUCGUAUCGACCGAUCGAAACAUUCUCGACUCGUGGAAGUUUCGCGUACAUCUCUGAUCAUUUGAGUACUUUAAUAAAACUAUACGAUAGCUCAGGAACUCUUGAAAAAACUCGGGCCUAUUAUAUGCACUUGAGAUCAUGUUGCUACAUACGUACGAGCGUUCGAUAGAAACCGAUAAAGUUCUCCUACCAAUCGACUUGUCGCAACGAAAAAUCCUUCAGGCAUGUGUGCGUGAGUGUAAACAAUCGAACGAAACUAUUCUUUUUUUUUUCACUCUGCGUUAACAGCGUGCGAAGGACGAUCGGACAUUUUAUAAGUGAUUUUCUACGAGUCUUAAUCUUAUCGGACUUACGUAGAUAUAAGCGUGCCAAGCAGUGCAAAUAUCGUAAUAGUUGUAUCAGUUAUAUACCAUGAAAAUGAUAAUAAUUCAAAGAACGGCAGCUCCGAUUUAAAAGGAAGGAAUUAAUCGUUUCUAUUAGAACGCAUUCGUCGGUAAUUCUCGACUAAGGACCGCCAUUAUAUUUCCAGACUCCAUUUGGAGGACGCGCAAAGAACGAAGGAUGGAAUGGGGACGCAUUGAAUUUCUUAAUGGCUCGACAAACCGCAGAUUUAAGACCGCGUUUACAGUCGCAUUCGACUGAUAUUACUACAGUCCUUCUAUUCCGUGUAAAUCUCUUCUGAGCCACUCCGUCAUGCUAGUUGGAAGUUCUUUGAUAUCGUCGAGCAAAUUGAGAACUGUAAGAUGUUGUUAGAAUUCUAAAAAAAAAAAAAAAGAAAAAGCUACGAAUUUCAUUGAGGGAUCUCUAGAAUAUUAUUAUACCGAUGUAUCUACUGUAAAUAACAAUUCGAAAGACUCGAGAGGAGAACGAUCGCGUACGAUGAUGUAAUGGAUAGAACAAAUCAUUAAACAAACGAUCAUUUUAUUACAUGUUGAAAUCGUUUGUGAGUCGAUCGUUUAAAACGAAAUUUCAAAGCUUUCGUCGUAUGUGGAUAAAAAGAAAAAAAUAUAUAGAAAGAGUACCGAGCAGUUCUGUAAACGUCCAAAAAUACAGGCUCGAGCAUGCGAACAUUUCUUUUUCCGAAACAUAUUGCGAUUAUCGGUAACAAUCUCGAUUUUGCCAGGACAAACGCUCGAUAUACCAUUAGAUAAAAACGUUGUGUUCUCGUUUUUCGUAAACCAGUAACAUCGACAAGGCCUGAGCGUAUCGUCGCGAAAAAUGGAGCUACAAAAUUGAAGUGAACGCGAAACGCUCUGUAGCCCUAUCGCGUGUGUGCACGCGCGCAAGUCCGAAGUUAUAAAGAGAGAUCGGAAAAAGAGAAGGGACGUCGUGCAAACGACAUUUGUUAUUACCGCUGGCGAAUAGUCUGGCAAAACGAGAGAAAGAAAGAGAAAGAGAGAGAGAGGGAGAGAGAGAGAGAGUGAGAGAAAGAGGGAGGAACUCCUUUGUACCAUUUACCGAGGAGAGAAAAAAAAGACAGAAGUAAAAAGUAAACAAAAAAAAAAGAAAAAAAGCAACGAGGCUUACGACAUUGUCACUAGGUCAAAUCGUUAAAGGAUCUAUACAUUCGAGCCUGUCAUCGUCACAUCCUGUGUUGUAUCAUAUACGUACGCGACUGUAAUAAAAAUGCAAUUUUUUUUCUAA